UGUGAGAUGGUGGUUUGUCGUGAGUUAUAAGAGUUACCUCCCUUAAAGUAACUCUUCAAUCGUGAGACCCACGUUGUAAACAACUAUGGCUGACAAAUCGGAAGAAUUAAAGAAAAAAGAUGGCAAUCAGAAAAAGGCGAGGACAUUUGAUUUUAUGGCAAUGUUUGAACAGGCUAGACAAACAGCCAUAGAGAGAACUGGAGAAAAUAUUUCUACAGAUAUAACAGAGAGAGAUGCUGUAAAACCUAAGGACAAAACUGGAGAUAAAAAUAUCAAAAUUAAAAUCAAUAAAGACAAUGGUUCUAGUGAUACAGACAGCAGUGAUUCCAGUUCUUCUGAGGAUGAGAAAGAUUCAGAUAGCAAAUCAAGUUUGGUUGGUCCACCAGUCCCAGCACGAUUUAAUCCUGUAGCUAAAAAUAAAGAUGUUGAUGUUCCAAUACCAGGAGAUGAUAAUAUAAUUGGGCCACCUAUUCCAUCUGUUAUGCAUACUAGUGAUGAUGAUGAUGAUGAUGACGAUGAUGAGGAAGAUAAUGAGGAAGAUGACAUGAGUUUAGAAAAAAGAAUUCCAUCUAGUCAUGAAAUUGUUUUAAAGCAUGGAGUCAAAACAGUGUCUGCUAUGGCAUUAGACCCAUCUGGUGCCCGUCUUGUUACUGGAGGUUAUGAUUAUGAUGUUAGAUUGUUUGAUUUUGCGGGUAUGGAUUCCAGUUUUCAUAGUUUCAGAAAUUUACAACCCUGUGAAAGUCAUCAGAUAAAAGCUUUAGAAUAUAGUAUGACCGGUGAUACAAUAUUAGUUGUAGCUGGUAAUGCUCAAGCUAAAGUUUUAGAUAGAGAUGGAUUUACGAAAAUGGAAUGUGUAAAGGGAGACCAAUAUAUAGUAGAUAUGGCCAGCACAAAGGGACAUUGUGCCAUGUUAAAUAGUGGAUGCUGGAAUCCCAAAAUUAAAGAAGAAUUUUUAACAUGUGCUAAUGAUGGAACAAUGAGAUUAUGGGAUGUAAAUGUUGCACAUAAACAUAAGAGUAUAAUGAAACCUAAGAAUAAACAUGGUAGAAAGACAAUACCUAAUACAUGUGUAUUUAGUAAUGAUGGUAGAUAUAUGGCAGCAGCAUGUGAUGAUGGUUCUAUACAGAUGUGGGAUCAUAAUAGACCUUUCCUAAUAAAUGUGUCGUUAGUGAAUAGAGAUUGUCACAUGAUGGGAUCAGAAACAAGUUGUUUAUGUUUUUCAUACGAUGGUAAAACUCUAGCAUCAAGGGGAGGUGAUGAUACACUAAAACUAUGGGAUAUGAGAAGUUUUAAGAAACCAUUAAAUGUUGUAAAAGGAUUAACAAAUUAUUUUCCAAUGACAGAUUGUUUGUUUAGUCCCGAUGAUAAAAUGGUGGUUACAGGUAUAUCGGUGAAGAAACAGGAAGGUCCAGGACAACUUGUAUUUUUUGAAAGAGAAACUUUAAGUAUUGUUAAUGCUAUGGAUAUAUCUGAUUCAAGUGUUGUAAAAUGUUUAUGGCACCCUAAAUUAAAUCAGAUAGUUGUUGGUAGUGGUGAUGGACUGGUUAAAAUAUUCUAUGAUCCUAAUAAAUCAAAUCGUGGAGCUAUGUUAUGUACGGUGAAAAAGAAGAGAAAACAGAAAGAAUUACAAGUCAUGGCUUCAAAACAGAUUAUUACACCAUAUGCUUUACCAAUGUUUAGAGAUAGUCGACCUACAAGUACACGGAAACAGGAAGAAAGAGUGAGAAAAGAUCCAACUAAAAGUAAAAGACCAGAUCUACCAGUCAGUGGACCAGGUACUGGUGGUCGAGUGAGAGAAAGGGGAGCAACUCUAUCUCAGUAUGUUGUACAGUCUAUAGUUUUACGGAAACCAGAUCCUCAUGAGAAUGAUCCUCGUGGUGCCAUCUUGAGACAUGCUGAAGAAGCAGAAACAAAUCCUUACUGGAUUACACCAGCUUAUAAAAAGAAUCAACCUGUUCCAGUCUUCCGUGAACCAGAAGAAGAAAAAAAAGAAGAUGAUUCAGGGCCAUUGUGGAAAAAAACUAAGUUGGGAUGAAUGGCUUGUUCUUUUAAAGUCAAAACUCAGGUACAAUGUGAAGCUUAUUUGACAGUGACACAGAGAAUAUUUUUCGAGUUAAAUGUAAACUCAUAUUUUGGUGCUUUAACAAAUUAUUUUUUGAAAUAAAAUUGUGAAGGUAUAAAGCAGGUGUGCAUUCAAGCUGGUGGAUUAUUGUCGAGAUCAUCUAAUUAAAGGCCAAGAGACUUACUUCUGAGAAGAAAUAUAAAGGUCUUACUGUUUUAUAGGCAGAUAGAAAGAUACAAAUUGUACCCUUUUGAGGGGAUGAACAAUAAAAUAUAAAUUAUGUAACUUUUAGAAAUGUUACAAAUUGUACCCUUUUGAGGGGAUGAACAAUUUUAAAAACAAAUUUUGUUUUAUAUGUAUGUAUAUAUGUACAAUAAUAAUUUUAUAUAAAACAAUGCUACCAAAUUUCCAAAGAAA